GUUAAUUAAAAAUAAAUCAUUAAGGAUGGAUCUUAGAUUGUGUGUCGCUUUGGUUUCUUGUCUUAAUCUGCUCAUCCAUGUACAAUCCUCAGAUGCCGUGGCUAAUUUUACAAAGGUUCCUAAUGAGACAUUGUACUUAGCAAAUGGAAAAACUGCUCGGUUUACGUGGGACUUCCAUGUUGAUAACAUCAAGAAAGAGUUAGAUUCCGGGUCACCAAGAUGGUAUUUUUACGCAAACUCAACCACUUACUGGAUAGGAUAUGGUGACGCUUUUAAUGGACGUAAAUUUACUAUUGAUACAAACACUUGUCCAGCUCGAUUUCUAAGACCUACAGUACGAGUGAGUGUGGAGGGAAAAGCUACUUUGGUCAUCAAAAAUUUAACUCUGGCUGAUUCUGGUACAUAUGGGUGUAUACUUUUUUUAGCCAAGGGACCUGACAGGUUGAUGCCAACAAGUCAUGUUAAACUGAUUGUUACAGGACCACCAGGUUCACCAGUUUUAAAAAUAGUUAAAUUCACUAAUACAACAGUGACACUGAUGUGGUCAAAACCAGAAGAGAAUGGAGGUGAAAUAGAAUACUACACAAUCUACAAGAAACUUGCCGGAGCUAAAAAAUGGCUGCAGGUUGGUACACUUUCAGGUGAACCACUCACAUACACUGUUAAAGAACUUCUUCCAGGCAAGACGUACAGUUUUGAUGUCACUGCAAAAAAUAAAGAUGGACCAAGCUUGAAGGGUGUUAAUGUAAAAACCGUGACAUUGCCUAUUGGUUUCACUAACCCUCCAACAACAAGAUCUAUUGGCACUAUAAAAGUUAGUCUAUUGACAGCAUCCCUAGCACUUGUGAUACUACUCAUGCUCUUAAUUGUGGUUUUCAUCUCAUGGAAAAAAAGAAAAAAGCAUGACCGAAGAAACAACCAGAAUGAAGAUGCAGUUUACUGUGUAAGUAUAUUUCUUAUUGGUCAUUCAAAAAAUUGCAAUACCGUUGGACAUACAGCUCUGGUUUAUCUAACAUUCCCACUUUUAAGUGGAAAUUUAAAUUUCAAAGUCAAAAUGCGAAAGUGA